UUUUCUAUUCCCCCUACCCUUUUUUUUAUGUAUUCCAAGUGUGUUCCCGUUAGUUGAGAAUCUUUCGAUAGAAUCCCAAGCGAGAAUCCCUGUCCCUCUUUUAAAAAAACAAAAGUUCUUCACUCAUGAUUUGAAAUAUUUGAUUGACGAUUCUUUUUUUUUUUUUUAUCUGUUUUUUGUUCAGAAGAACGAAAAAAAAUAUGUUUUAGUUCUAUUCUGGAACGAUUGGAAUCAUCACCAGUGAAAAGAAAAAAAAAGGCAUCUCAACUGUUCGACAUCCAAUAACUUUGGUGUGUUUUUUUUUUUUUGUGGAGACUCGAAACCAGUUCCGGAGCAAUUGUUUUCUACUUUCAUUUCGUCCUUCAAAAAAAAAAAGAAGAAGAAGAAAGAUUUUGAUCUUUCCGGGAGAAAGAAAAAUCAAGUGGGUCGCAUGAUGGCCGGACGCAGCGGCAUGGCCCGCUCCAUCCUCAUUGUCUACCUGUUUCUGCUGUCCACCGGACAUCCGGUGGAAUCGAAAGCUGAUAACUCUGCGAAGGAGCACUCUAGAGUUCGCCAACUAAGCGGAAAUCAAUAUCAGAGCCAAUACGGUAUCGUUCAGCCAGAAAAUGCAGCCAAUCAUCGAACCAAUUCGACAGUUAGCCGCCAUCUAUUUGCGUGGAGCGAAAUGGCCGUUCAAUCAUCGGAUAAGUUGCCGCCCGCCACUUUGGCAUCGUCCAGCCUCUCGGAGACGGCCAGGUCGUCCUCCGUAAUUCAUCGUCGGAAGAAAGCCAAUGUUGCGCAACGUAAGCCACUUGAAUUGAGACAAAAGAAGGCGCGUCAAAUGAAGAGGAAUAGCAAGAAAGUAGGCAGAUCUAACUUGAAAUCGGUAAGUUCGUUGAAGAAGAGUUUGGAUAACGAAGAAGAGGAAGAGGAAGAAGAGGAAGGCGAUGAAGAAGAAGAAGAAGGAGACGAUGAAGAAGGCGAAGAAGAGGAAGAGGAAGAAGGUGGCGAAGAGGAGGGCGAAGAGUCGGACGUUGAAGAAGACAAUGAAGAUGCCGACGCGGAAGAAGACGAUGAAACUAAUCCGCGAAUCGGAAAACCAACAACAACAACAACAACAACGCCAUUGAUCCCCACUGCGUCAGCUGAAGUUGGACAGGAUUUUAUCGACCGUUCGUCCGAAUCCAACGGUGCCGAUAACCGCCAACAAGCGGAAGGAAAUGCAGCGACAUCUUCCGUUCUUCGUGAGCCCGGAACAAACGACGAAGACGCGACGACUGAACGGCCGCCGGCCCAUCGGGUGGAUGGAGUCGAAAACGAAGUGGUGGUAGACGAGACGGAUGACGUCAAAGUCGACCUAAUAUCCGGAUCUUUAGGCGGUGACGUCAGUCCGUCGCAUGCUAAUCGAACGGAUGUUGGCAACGCUGAGAAAUCAGAAGAUGAAAGAGCCAAAGGCGAUCAAUCUGGAAACAUUGAACUGUCACCAGCCGCGCCAUCUCGUGGAUUCGAUAAUGAAAUCGAUUCGAGCGAAGACGACGGCCGGAAGGAUGCGGAUGUCAGUCUUUCGAACGUCAUCAGCGAAGAGAAAUUACAAACCGUGCAGCCAUCAAAAAUUGAAUCGGCAUUAUCACAGGAGGACGAACACGAAGAAGCCAAUGAAAUCCGAGCUCAAGUCCAGCCCGCAAUCAAAUCAUCGUCCGUCUCGUCAGACGUUGAUGACGGAACGAAUGACAUUCGAGUUGAUUCAUCUGAAAAAUCGGUCAAAGGAGGCCGAGAUGAAUCCUUCCGGGCGGAAGUAGACGAUAGCGAAGAGGAUGAAACCAACUUUCUACCGACGGGCCGUCCCGCCAAUCAAAACAAGCCGGCGUCUAACGAACCGUUGACCGGCGCAGCGAUAACAGACAGCGGGGCAGCCGGUUCGGGCGAUGACGAAACGAACGACAUCUUGCCAGAUCGGUUGGCGUCCAACGUGCCAGAUGAUGCGAGCAAAACAUCUGUUUCAUCGGUGAACGAGCUGGACGGAGCGGAGGAGGAGGACACGGUGGAUAACGAAAUCGAGACGAUUGUCCCUUCCGAAUCAUUCAAUCAGCCGGACCAUAAUAGGUUCCUUCACGGCCAGACCAAUUUAAAUCCAGCCGUAUUAGAUACGUCGUGUGGACCGUUCACUUCGUUGCCCGUCAUUCCAAACGCGGCCGUCGCCAAAUACGGCAGGACCCGAUGGCCUUCGCCGCCCUUCAAUCUGCUGGCCGAGGUGAUAUUCGAAUGCCAAGAAGACAAUGGGCAUGCCUACCAGCUGGACCCGGCGCUACCCGAUCGCCUUUUCUGUUCCAAUCACCAGUGGAUCGGACAACACCCGAGAUGUGUCGCCAUCAAUCGCCAACAGCAGCCGCACUUUGCUGUGACAGACGGAGCCAGCGGUAAUGAUGAAGAGAAGGAGCUAGUGAUUACGUCAUCGAUAUCGUCAAAUGGAGGCAACGUCAGCUCGACCGCUGGCCAACAAAUUAAUGAACGAAGUUGUUCCAAUGAAGACCGUGGAGGAUGCGAGCACGUCUGUUCCCAGUCGGCUGAACCCGACUCUAUUCGUUGCUUAUGCUACAGAGGCUUCCGGCUCAAUGAGGACGGAAAAAGCUGCGUCGAUAUCGAUGAAUGUGAAACGGGCAACGGUGGAUGUGACGACAAAUGCUCUAAUUUGCCGGGCAGCUAUAGCUGUUCUUGCCCUGUCGGUUUCCGACUAGCAUCCAACGGCAAGAAAUGCAUCGAUGUCAAUGAAUGCUCGUUACGCAACGGGCACGGUCCGUGCCAGGGAGCUUGUCACAACACGCACGGCUCUUACCACUGCAGCUGCGAUGAUAUGCCUGGAACGCAGUUGGCUGCUGACGGACAUGCGUGCGAGGAUAUCGACGAAUGCCGGACGGACAAUGGCGGUUGCUCUCACUCUUGUCUCAACACGCUGGGCACUGCUUAUUGCGCUUGUCCCGAAGGCUACAUGCUGACAGAUGAUUGGAAAACGUGUGACGAUAUCGACGAAUGUGAUUACAGUUCAGAUGAAGAUGAUUCGGAUCGAUUAUGUCCUGGCAUCUGCCGCAAUACUGUCGGGUCUUAUGUGUGCGUUGAUCCGGAUGAAGAACCCAUUGUUUGUCCAUCUGGAUACGAUGAUGAAGAUGAAGACGGCCAUUGCCAUGAUAUUGAUGAGUGUUCAAUGUCGAACGGUGGAUGCUCGCAUAUUUGCACCAAUACCGAAGGCUCUCAUCGAUGCGAAUGUCCGUCUGGCCUCUUCAUUGAAGCGGACAAUAAAACGUGCAAAGAUAUCGACGAAUGCGCAUCAGAUAAUGGCGGAUGCUCGCACACCUGCGUCAACGUGCCCAGCAGCUACAAAUGCACCUGCCCCGAAGGCUACGCCUUAGGUGAAGACUGGACAACGUGUCAAGACAUUGACGAAUGCUCUGAAUUAAAUGGGGCAGCGUGUGGCAUCGUUGGUACUUGUUUCAACGUAAUAGGUUCUUAUCGAUGCCUCUGCCCGUCCGGAUACAAGGAAAACGACAUGGGCUGUGACGAUAUCGAUGAAUGUUUGAUGGAUCCUUGCGGAUCGGGCAAGUGCAUCAAUGAAAUUGGAUCAUAUACGUGCAUGUGUCACGAAGGUUUCCGAUUUGAUAACCAGACCUGCCAAGAUAUCGAUGAAUGUAAAGAGAAUGUUCCGUGUCUCGAUGGAGUAUGCGAAAACACGGUGGGAUCCUUCAUUUGCUCUUGCAAGGCCGGUUAUUACCUGGAAAACAAUACUUGCUUUGAUGUGGACGAAUGCGCCAAUUCACCGUGUAUCGAUGGCACCUGCGUCAAUCAACCUGGCUCUUAUUUAUGUCUGUGCGAGCCAGGAUUUACAUUGGAGAGGAACGUUUGUAUAGAUUUUGAUGAGUGUCUCGUAUCGCCCUGCAUAAACGCCACCUGCAUCAAUCAGAUCGGCAGUUACCGGUGCGAAUGCCCUGAUGGCUACGUCUCUCGCAAUAAUACUUGUUUCGACGUGGACGAGUGCCAAUCCAGUCCAUGUGUGAAUGGCCAAUGCGUCAACACGGACGGGAGCUACUGGUGCCGCUGUCUGGAUGGUUUUAAAGCGCUAGGAAAUAUUUGUUUAGAUAUCGACGAAUGCGAAACAGCACCGUGUGUCAAUGGUGAAUGUAUCAACACACAGGGAUCGUAUCAGUGCGAAUGUCAUCCCGGAUUUUAUCUUGAAGAUGAUUCUUGCUUUGAUGUCGACGAGUGUCAAGCCAAUCCAUGCGCCAAUGGCACUUGCGUUAACCUGCUGGGUUCGUACCAGUGCAAUUGUCCACCUGGACACAUUUUGGUGGAUUCCCGCGUUUGUCUAGAUGUCAACGAGUGCGCCACAAAUAACGGGCAAUGCGACCAGAAAUGUAUUAACACCCCCGGCUCUUAUUAUUGCUCGUGCGACAAGGGCUUCUAUGUAGAUCCUGAGGAUAAACGACAGUGCCUGGACGUUGACGAAUGCGAAAGCAACAACGGCGGAUGCAGCCAAGUGUGCCUGAACCGGCCGGGCAAUUACAGCUGCGAGUGCCGUACCGGCUACAUUCUGGCCAUCGACAAAUCCAGCUGUUUGGAAGUUGUGUCGGCUGUCACUCACUACUGCCCAGCCAUCGAGCCACCACCAGGCGGCUACCUGCAUUGUUCCAGCCGGCCGGGCGCCGAUGGCAACUACAAAGCCGGAACCACUUGCACCCUCCGCUGUCGCAAAGGCUACGCUUAUCGUCGGCACAAGCCGCAAUUGACAUGGCAGGCAAACCAGGUGCUCAACAAACCUGCCCUACUCCUCGAGGAAAAGAACAACAUGCUGUCCGGUCGGCAAUCGAACGUCGGAUUGGCUAUGCUCCAAGGCUGGAAAGCUACCCAGGUCCGUUCUGGAACCACUAAAGAAGACUGGCAAUCGGCCAAUCGCACUCAUCCGGAAGAAGCCCUGAAAAAAUUGAAAAGAAAGAACCACGGCAGGAAAUCAGAGAACGAUAAAAGACAGGUAGUUGUUAAUGCCCCAGUUCAGGCCGGCCUUCAAAGGAGAGGUCGACAACGAUCAGAUCAAGGUGAGAGAGUUAAACGCCAACUGCACGGACGUCGUGAAUUCCCUGAUCAGCCGUUCCGGCGCUGUGGAGACGAUGGCAAAUGGAAGGGCAAGAUAGGAUUCUGUCAAGCUCUGACAUGCCCGCCACUAAUCAAACCGGCCAACGGAAGCGUCAGUCCGCUUUCGUGCGCCACUGGCGACGCCGCACCAAAUCAGCACUGCUACUUCACAUGCGAUCCAGGCUUCCGCGUAACGGGUAAUCCCGUCCGCGCUUGCUUGCCCAGUCUUAAGUGGAAUCCACUAAGACCUCCGCCGGCCUGCGAAAAAGCUUCUGGCAAGGGUAACAAACAAGCCAAAAAACCGAGGCUCAAUGCGACCGACGUGACAGUGCCCAACAAGACGAAGACGGCAAGUGCUGCCACCUAUGAGACGCCGACUGAACUUGACUGGUCCCAAACACCAAAACACAACCGACCCAAUCCUACAACUACCCAACGCCCAAAAGAAUCGCCUAAUCAACCGAAAUUCGAAUUCGAAAUUGAUUACAAACAGCCAACUGCGCUCUUUGGCGUACCACGUGUUGAACUUUCCCCGUCCAAAGUUGUCGAUCGCAACUAUUUUCAAUUAGCUUCAGUCCAUCCGUGGCCGCGUAUCGAGUGCCCCAAGGAUAUGACCAUUGAUCUUCCACCGGGCAAGAGGAGCACCGAGGUCUUAAUCCCACAACCGGCCACCAACGUCGAUUACGUCAGCCAUGUCGAAGCUGAGCCCAGUUGGGCAAAGAAGUUGCGCGCAGAAUUGGGACCCAUUCGCAUGGUCAUAUCGUUCAGAGCCAGAAAUCCAGCGACGGAGUACACGGCUAUCUGCUCGUUUGUCCUUGAAGUUCGAGACCGGGAAGCGCCAACGGUCAAGGACUGCCCUCACGACGUCCACGUCCGUCUCAGUUCACUCGAACCGUACGCCAACGCACCGUGGACGGAGCCCACUUUCAGCGACAACAUCGCCGUGACGCACGUCAUCAAAUCCAAAGAACCCAAUUCUCUGUUUGCUUUGGGUGAACACGUUGUUUCAUAUACUGCGUCGGACGCGGCCGGCAAUACCGCUCGUUGUCAAUUCACCGUUCAUGUUUCACCGGCAUUAGUUCCAGCCGAGCUCAACCGGAGCGAAUCCUGUGCCCGACUGGAAUCGCCACCCAACGGCGAUCUCAAUUGUUUGUCGUGGACUUGGGGUCAAAUGUGCCGGCCGUCUUGUUCGGCCGGACACGUAUUCUUCCGGCCACUACCGUCGGCUGUCUACCUGUGUGGUCGCGAUCGCAGAUGGAAACCGGGUACAUCUGUCCCCGACUGUGCUCCAACGUCCAUCAUACCGGAAGGCGGCUGCUCGGUUGGCUGGGAAGAGAGAAGAACUGGAGGCAUGCAGUGCGUGGGCUGCGCUCCAGGUCUACAUCGGCCGCUCAACUCGACGGUGUGCAUUCCGUGCCCUAUGGGCACGUACCAAGACAACUUUUCAGCGGGCAGCUGCAAAUCGUGUCCGAAGAAAUUAACCACUUGCGCGAUGGCGGCGAGACAGUGCACCGACUGCAAGCCGCCCGAAGAGUGUUCGGCGUCUUCACAAAGGAAUUACAGUGGCGCUGGUGGGGACGUAAUCGCCUCCACCCCGACGUUGUCGAAAUUACCGACAAAUCAACGACGGCGGCAACAGCUCCAUCAACGGCAAAUGCGUUUACGUCAGCAACGCCAACGCCAAAAUAACAGUUCCACACCAGCCACAACAACGAACGUUCGUCGAGUUUGAAAGAGAAAACAUCUUCGGCCCUCUUUUUACACAUAAUCUUCUAAUUUUUAAAUAACCCCAUUUUUUAAAAAUAAUAAUAUCCCGUUGGACCUUUUUUUUUUUUUUUCUUAACUAUUUCCUGCUGAUAUAUCUCAUUGAAAAUGCAUCUGAUUUUUCGUUUAUUUUAUUUUUUUUUUUUAGGUUAAAAAAAAUUUAGGCAAAGGCAAAAUAAGAAAGAAAACCUGUCCGUCUUGAAGUAUAGAAAGCCAGUCGAUCCAUUUUAUUUACUUUUCUUUUUUUGUUUUUGCGUGAAGCCGAUUGCGACGUGAGCUGCUUUCUCUUCUCGUGCGUGUGUCUGAAUGUGUUGUGGACUGAAAAAGAAAGAAAAAACGAAUGCGGAAGAAGAAAAAACAACGAGGUAAUGUGCUGUUGCAAACUUUUUUGCACUUUUUUUUUUCUUUGAUAAAAAAAAAAAAAAAAAAACAAGAACAAAAAAAAAAAAAAAAAAAAAAACACAACUCAUCAGCGCAUGGGUUUUGUAAGUUAUUGAUGUCGAGCCAUUUGUGCCCUGCAAUUGUCGAAAUAGUUGGACGUUUGGCUUUCACCCGCGGUUUCCCUUUUCUCUUUGUCAAUCCAAUUCUUUUUCCCAAAUUUUUGUUGUCUACAUUUUUCACUUCCCAUUUUUUUUAUAAAAAAAAAAAAAGUACAUUCUUGCAGCGCAAAAAGACGGCACGAAAACAAGAAAUUUGGUCAUGUCUUUUCGUGCCAAGAAAAAUUGAGAAAUUACUGGGGAUGUGCGUGAAACGGCGAUGUAUGGAAUUAUGUUCCAAGUUUUUAUUUUUUCCUUUGCCUUUUUCAUUUCUAGAAUUAUUUUUGUUGAACAUUUUUCUGUGUAUGAUGUAUGCCCUUCCUUAUUACUGUUAUUAUUUUUCAUUUUUUUCUUUCCCCUCCACUUUUGUUUCGUUGUUGUUUUUGAAACGCAACUUUUUAAAAACGGACGGACCGCGAAAAUGGGAACGCUGUUCCGCAAAACUGAGAUUGACUGAUGCAACUGAAAAAGAAACGACUUUACUGACAAGCGAGAAAAACAAUUACACAAAAUAAAAAGAUGAAAAGAAAAGAAUAAAUAACGAGGUGGCGUGGAGUGUUGCUGAUUAUUUUGGAGAAGAAGUCGUCCGAAUUUCGCCGGAUUCUUUCGCGUCCUUGCCUAAUAAUCUAGAUGCAUUUCGUUACAGGUUUUAUCAGCUGUGUUGGAACGCCCUUUUUGCUUUCUGGACUAGCCGGAUGCACCAGAUAAAAAUACCGGUUCAAACGUUUGAUUUUAUCUAACCAUCUUACACUCAACGACAUCGUGAUCCUCUGUGGCCAUCAAUGUUUGUCGAAAGAAUUGGAACUUUGAGAAAAUUAGAGAAAACGUUGAAAAACAACUUGUUCUUCAAGAGCCUCUAAUGGAACUCGGUCAACCCAUUCGAACCGUAUCGUCCAACACGAGUUCAAGUAUUUAGCUCUACAAAAAUAAAGAACGACAUAGACCAGUGCGUUUUGAAAGGAUGGCUACAUUACUGUUUAGCUAUUUAGAGAGUUCGUACUCAUCUGUUACAUCUCCAUGAGUCGACAGCUCAUUAGCCGCCGGAUGGGGGACCACCAGGCAUGAAUGGAUCGGUUAAGUCUCUCAGCAAAGCAUGUCCCUGGCUGUC